CUGCAGGACAUAAUUUGCAUAAUAAAUGUAAAAAUUUUGUGACCCCUUAUUGGUGAAUGAUGGGGAUUUUAUACCUCGUGACGUAUGUAAGUUACUUGAAGGUUAGCACCACUAUACAUAUAUUAUGUUAAUUUCAAAGUCAUUUGCAUUAUUAAUAAGGACAUGUUGAAAUGAAGUAUGAUAAAGCAAGCCCAUAUUUCAUGGAGAUAUGAGAUCUCAGAACUCUUGUUAAUAGUUGUUUUGUAGAACGAAAAUGGAGCAACGCAGUGUAGAAGUGCUAAAAUUGAGUUCUGAAGAAACUGCUGCUCUUAAAGAAGGUCCGAACCUUAUCUGCAAGGAGGCAGGGAACAGCUUUAUUAUAUACAAGAACCCUAAAAAUCCAGAAGAACCGUACAAGGCCUGCCGCAACAUCUGCAAGCAUCAAGGUGGCACAUUCGUUAAAGACGUUGAAGACUCUGCCUCCAGUGUUUUACGAUGCACCAAACAUGGCUGGAAGCUGGAUUCAGCUACUAUGAAGUAUGUGAACCCACCAGAGAGCUUCACCCAAGAGAGGCUAGUUCCGGAGAUGGACGGGAAGGGAGCCCUAACCUUGGUGGAGUUGACUCCUCCUGAACCGUGGAAGAAAGAUGCUAGACCCCCGCGGGAAAUCAAACCAGGGGAGGUUAAGCUAACCUUCUUAGCGCAUGCGUGCAUGGAGCUCAAACUUGGAGACAAGGUCAUGAUCUUUGACCCUUGGCUGACCGGACCGGCCUUCGGCAGAGGGUGGUGGCUCCUCCACGAACCGCCAGCUGAUUGGCUAAAGAGGCUUUGUCGUGCUGAUCUCAUUUACAUAAGUCAUGUACACUCAGAUCACCUCAGCUAUCCUACGCUAGAAAAGUUAUCCGAAAAAAAACCAAACAUCCCGAUCUACGUUGGAGACACGUCCAUGCCUGUCUUUUGCAAGCUGGAACAAAGCGGAGUCAAGCUGAACUGCAUCAACAUCUGCAGUUUUGGUGUAUGGCAAGAGAUCAAUGCUGACCUCCGCUUUAUGAUCCUGAUGGACGGCGUUCAUCCUGACAUGGACACCUGCAUCUUGGUGGACUACAAAGGUCACCUGAUCCUGAACACCGUGGACUGCACACAGCCAAACGGUGGGCGUCUGCCUAAAAACGUGGACAUCAUGAUGAGCGACUUUGCGGGAGGAGCCUCUGGGUUUCCAAUGACGUUUGAAUCCUUCAAAGGACGGUACACUGAGGACUGGAAAGCCAAGUUCAUCGCCACCGAGAGGAAGAAGCUGCUGUACUACAAAACACAAGUGGUUCGUGACGUCAACCCGAAACUCUACUGCCCCUUUGCUGGCUACUUUCUGGAGGCUCAUCCAGCUGACAAGUAUAUCUUGGACACCAACACCAAGAACCAGGCUGACCAGCUGAACGCUCUGAUCAACAAAUAUUCAGACCGUAUAAGAACUUGGACCCCAAAGCCAGGAGGUACUUUGGACCUAGCUCUGCUUCUACAGGACUCCGUUAACCCCGGGAUUGCAAUAGUAGACCCUCCUGAAGGGACUAAGAUCUACAAAGACAGCUGGGAUUUUGACUUCUACAUCGAGAAAAUUGACGAGAGUAUUGAGAGCGAGAUUUUUGCCUACCCUGACUGGGUCCAGUUCUAUUACGAAUGGGCCGGCUUUCGGGACUACAACUUGGUACUGAGGAUGAUAGAGACAGAUGACAACUUCCAGUCUAUUGAGGGAGGUUAUGACUUUUUGGUUGAUUUCUCAGACCUGACCUUCCCUGCACACCGGCCUGACAGGGAACACGCGUACCUACAGAUUAAGAACCGAAUAGGAGUUCAUCGCCAGACGGUUCUGAAAGGCCUGUUUUGGGAUGACCUGUACAUCGGCUUUCAGAACAGGCUGCUGCGUGAUCCAGACACAUUUCACUACAAGUUCUGGAACCACAUGCAGAUCCUCCUGCCACAGCAGCCUCCGGACUGGGACAGUUUUCUGCGCAAACAGAGGCAUGACCGGAAACCUGCACGGGCAGUUUGGAAACCUCCACCCAGGAGCGAUUCAAUCAUGCGAAGGAUGCUUCUGCUGGGGAAGGUCCUGCUACUUCCGGGGAUCGUGGCAUUCCUGGCAGCAGCAGUUGCCUACGUCAACCUGUAA